UAACAAGUGAGGUUAAAAGGAGAUUAAUUUGACUCGACUCUCUCUCCUCCCCUUCAACCAUCCUCAUCAUCUCUCUCUCUCUCUUCCUCAAAGACUGGAAAUUUCUCAUUCUAUUGCUUCAAACCCAGAAAUGACUUCUGAUGAUUCUCUUCACUCUCCUCACCAAUCCUUACCAAAACUCACUUUGUACCCCAUAACCUUGAAGUUUGAGGAGGUGGUGUAUAAAGUGAAACCAGAGCAUAAAGGGCUGUGCUGGGGAAGUUCGUGGAGUUGCAGAGAGAAGACGAUACUGAAUGGAAUCACAGGGAUGGUAUCGCCAGGUGAGAUUCUGGCCAUGCUGGGUCCUUCUGGGAGCGGCAAAACGACACUUCUCACAGCUCUUGGAGGUCGUUUAAAUGGCAGAUCAUUAUCAGGCAAAAUCACAUACAACAACCAACCCUUCUCAGGCUCCAUCAAAAGAACGACAGGUUUUGUGGCUCAGGACGAUGUUCUCUACCCACAUCUCACUGUCUCUGAAACCCUAAUCUUCACCGCACUUCUCAGGCUUCCCAAUAGCCUCACCAACACCGAGAAGAUGAAACACGUUGAGAGAGUUAUCGCAGAACUUGGCCUCGCACGUUGCAGAAACAGUAUCAUUGGAGGAGCAUUGGUGAGAGGCAUAUCAGGAGGAGAGAAGAAGAGAGUGAGUAUAGGCCAAGAAAUGCUCAUAAAUCCCAGCUUGUUGCUGCUAGAUGAACCCACGUCGGGGUUGGAUUCCACGACGGCUCAGAGAAUAUUGACCACCGUGAAGGGGCUGGCUAGCGGCGGAAGGACGGUGGUCACCACCAUCCACCAACCGUCGAGCCGUCUGUAUCAUAUGUUUGACAAGGUGGUGGUGCUGUCGGAAGGAUGGAGUAUCUAUAAUGGACCAGCUGCGGCCGCCAUGGAGUAUUUUUCUUCUAUUGGUUUCUCCACAUCCAUCACUGUCAAUCCUGCUGACUUCUUGCUUGAUCUUGCUAACGGGAUUGCCCCUGACUCCAAGCAAGCAAGUCAACAGAGUGAGAGCUCGGAACAAGAGAGGGAGCAAACCAGAGAAGUUCUCGUUUCUGCUUAUGAAAACAACAUUGCUCCAAAGUUGAAACUUGAGAUUUCUAGCCACAACUUCACCAAACGUGCUUCAUCAAGAAAUGACAUAGCAAAAGCAGAGCAAUGGUGCACAAGCUGGUGGUAUCAGUUCAUAGUGUUGUUACAAAGAGGGAUCAGAGAACGAAGAUAUGAAGCCUUCAAUGGAUUGAGAAUAUUCCAAGUCAUAAGUGUUGCUUUCCUUGGUGGACUCUUGUGGUGGCAUACCCCAGAAUCUCACAUCCAAGACAGGGUAGCAUUGCUGUUUUUCUUCUCUGUUUUCUGGGGAUUUUACCCUCUGUACAAUGCAGUUUUCACUUUCCCUCAAGAAAGAAGAAUGCUUAUCAAAGAGCGAUCCUCAGGAAUGUAUCGUCUCUCUUCCUACUUUCUGGCAAGAACAAUAGGAGAUCUGCCACUAGAACUUGCACUUCCCACUCUAUUUGUGUUCAUAAUCUACUGGAUGGGAGGCCUUAAGCCUGAUCCCGUGACCUUCAUUCUCUCACUAGUCGUUGUUCUGUACAGUGUUCUUGUGUCACAGAGUCUGGGCUUAGCAUUUGGAGCUAUUCUAAUGGAGAUUAAGCAGGCCACGACUCUAGCUUCUGUCACAACCCUAGUGUUCCUCAUUGCUGGAGGCUACUACGUUCAACAGAUCCCCCCAUUCAUAGCUUGGCUCAAGUACUUAAGCUAUAGUUAUUACUGUUACAGGCUGCUUCUGGGUGUUCAGUACGAUGAAGAUGAUUACUAUGAGUGCUCCAAUGGGGUUUUGUGCAGAGUCGAAGAUUUCCCUCCCAUUAAAUCAAUGGGUUUGAAUCAUUUGUGGGUGGAUGUUCUCAUGAUGGCUCUCAUGUUGGUGGGUUAUCGACUGGUUGCUUAUUUAGCACUACACAGAGUGAGGUAGAAGCAGAAUACAGAUCCCGACACAGCUUCCUCAGCUCCAACGUUUUUGUCCUUCAAUUGAUUUCAAAUCACUAAUGAUAGAGAUUUAGGCCAUCCACGCGGCUCAUGGAUAGUUGGAUGCCUAACGCCGCGUGAUGAUGCUUCGAAUGUAUCUUCUCCUGUACUUGAUAUAAGAACUAAAUGAAAAGUUUCUUUUGGUU